UGGACGUCACACUCGACUGCGUUUAAAGCUAAAAAAUACAGUAUUUUUGUCGAGAGUGGUAAUGCUUGCGCCGCAACAACUCUCGGUGUCACUACACGACCUCGUUGACCGCUCUCGAGGCACAUGUACCAUUGCACCACUUGUUCCCGGCAUUUUUCAUUGAUCAUCGAACAUUUCGACCCUAAUGAAAGUAGAUCUGCUUUGAAUGUUUCCAGUGCACGCGAUGUAUGAAGCGUGACUGAGCGAGAACUUGAUUAAAGUCGAACGUGCUUGAAAUUGCCCACUGAUUCGAGCAGUCGUCGGUGUGGCAUGGCUGCGUUUGAUUCGUUUCGUUCUUGAUUCGUAAGCGUUGUUAGGGGCAACUGUAAAGCCCAGACCACGCUUGCCGACGGGCGCAAACUCGCGUCCACAUGCCUUGCGCCUCGCGGUGAAUGGCGGUUUGCAUCUACAAGAGACGCGCGUCAGCGCGCGCUCACUUUGGCGCUUUGGUGGACAUCGUUUCGUAGUGAGUUAUUAAUAGUGCUUCAAUAUACUCAAGUAUUUACAGACGUUCUUGUUUUAUUUUCAGAGUUGUUUAAUUAGUGCUAAAUGGAAAUAAAAAGCACCUUCUCACGUAAUAUUAUAUAAGCCUCACUGAAAAUUUUGCAGCAGCAUCGGCAUGCCAUCAAGCGGGGUCGCGUUGUGUUCUUCUGCGGUUGUCUGCGUUAGCGCGCGUACGGCUCUUUCCGAUUCCGUGUGUAUUCAUCGGUCAGCGGUGGCCACUGUCUCCGUGGUCUAUAUCUCUCAAGGCUUUUGCUGCUUCCCCUCGACGUCAUGCCUGCGAUCUCACAUCGAAUGAGGCUUUUGCUAUUGCUGAAGAUGCUACUGCUCGUCCUUUUACUGAAGAGGAGACGAGAGCGACGGCAACGUCGGCAGCGGCAACGUUUGCGGAUGCGAGCUGUGUCUGCGGCAAGAAGUCACGGAUUUUACCACACAGCUAUGCUCCGCAAACGACAAGGAGAUCAAGGAUUCUUUUACAAAUACUUCAGAAUGACGCCGCAGCUUUUUGAUAGGCUCUUCAGCUUCGUAGCUGCCGACCUGGUCCGGCUGCCGCUCAACAGCGAGCCCCUGGAGCCCGGAGAGCGACUGGCGAUAACCUUGAGUUACCUGGCAACAGGGCAUGACAUAUGCCGAAUAGCACGGGCAUAUCGUGUUGGCCUCGAAACUGCCAGGCAAUGCGUACAUUUCACCUGCCAAGCUAUAUGGUUGCGCCUCAAGGAUCGUUUCAUGCGACAACCAACCCAAGAUGACUGGAAGAAGAUCGCCGAUGGAUUUUCUACACGGUGGCAAUUCCCCUAUUGCCUGGGGGCUGUCGAUGGGAGACAUGUGGCAAUCACAUGCCCUCCAAUGUCUGGAAGUGACUAUGUCAACUACAAGGGAAAAUACUCAAUCGUCCUCAUGGCUGUCGUGGACAGCAGCUGCAAAUAUGUCCUUAUCGAUGUGGGCGCCGAGGGCCGCCCGAGCGAUGGGGACAUGUUUAAGAACUCAAAUUUCGGCAAGGCCCUCAUCGGUGGCAAACUUGCCAUACCCUCACUUGGCCUGCUCCCAGGCACUGCCACUGGUGUGCCUUACGUCUUCGUGGGGGACAGAGAGUUUCAGCUGAGGAAAGACUUCAUGCGCCCGUUUCCAGAAAGAUACGUUAAGGAUGAGCAAAAUGUCUUCAACUACAGGGUGAGCCGAGUAAGGCGGUGUGCCGAAAACGCUUUCGGCCUCACAGCAGCGAGGUGGCGGAUCCUUCUGCGGACCAUCAAUUUGCUCCCCAUAGAGGUGGACUUGGUUGUCAAGGCUGCCUGUGUCUUGCACAACUUCCUGACCGUCCUCAACCCACACUCUGACAGAUACACCGACCAAGAGGACGGGUUUGGCAACGUUGUGGCGGGACACUGGCGUCAAGGCAUCCAAGCUGCGCCUGGGGACGACAGAGUGCCACAAUUUUUCCCCCUUGAAGCAACGCAUUCAAGGAACUUUGACACCGAAGCUGCGUGUGCCAGGAACCACUUCACGGCCUACUUUUGCAGUGAAGCGGGUGAAGUUGCAUGCCAGUGGCACCAGCCAGACAUUUCAAAAGAAGGUGCUUUGAAGCGUAUACACGACCAUCCAGAGUUCUACCAGCUAAAAUGAUGGUGUGGCCUGAUCCUCCUUUGUUGUGUCCAAGGACAGUGACGAUCUUGACGUCACUGAUGACACCUGUGAACAAGGUGUAGGCAUUACUUCUGAUGGCAGUGGUACCUCUGUCACCACCGACACCAACUCCUGCUCAUGCACAUCCACAAAGCCCACAUUGCAGAAUUGAUGCGUGCCCUCAAGAAGUUCUGCUGCCGUCGGCUCUCCAUUCAGCUCCUGGCUUGUGUCAUGCUGCCGCCGGCUCGGCAUGUGAAAGUUGCCUGACGUGCAAACACAUAUGAAACAAAAAAUGUGUACUUGUAGAUACAAGUACACAUUUGUUCAUAUUUGUACACAUUUGUUCAUAUUUCUACACAUUUGUUCAUAUUUCUACACAUUUGUUCAUAUUUGUACAUAUGUUCUUAGUAGUUGGCUUUAGGAAUGUUCAAAUAAAGUUCAUUAGCAUAA